GUGGCAGCACAAUGACGUCACCUAGCCCCGCCCAUCUUCGGGGCCCCGCCUUGCGCUCUCUGCCGCGCGUGCGCAUUACGUCCUAUGGCUUGCGCGAGGCGGCGGCUGGGCACCGCCAUUUUGGCCGGUGGCCGUAAGAACACGCUGUCUGGCUGGGAAGUAAAGGCAAGAAGUGAUUUGGCCUCCGCGCUCCCCUCCGCAAGGGGAUCGUUUUCUGCAGAAGAGCUGGAUAUUCUUUCUUACUAUUAUGGCAGACAAAUUAACAAGAAUUGCUAUUGUCAACCAUGACAAAUGUAAACCUAAGAAAUGUCGACAGGAAUGCAAAAAGAGUUGUCCUGUGGUUAGAAUGGGAAAAUUAUGCAUAGAGGUUACACCUCAGAGCAAAAUAGCAUGGAUUUCUGAAACACUUUGUAUUGGUUGUGGUAUUUGUAUUAAGAAAUGCCCUUUUGGCGCCUUAUCAAUUGUCAAUUUACCAAGCAACUUGGAAAAGGAAACCACACAUCGAUACUGUGCCAAUGCCUUCAAACUUCACAGGUUGCCUAUCCCUCGUCCAGGUGAAGUUUUGGGAUUAGUUGGAACUAAUGGUAUUGGAAAGUCAACUGCUUUAAAAAUUUUAGCAGGAAAGCAGAAGCCAAACCUUGGAAAGUAUGAUGAUCCUCCUGACUGGCAAGAAAUUUUGACUUAUUUCCGCGGAUCUGAAUUACAAAAUUACUUUACCAAGAUCCUAGAAGAUGACCUAAAAGCCAUUAUCAAACCUCAAUAUGUAGACCAGAUUCCCAAGGCUGCAAAGGGGACAGUGGGAUCUAUUUUGGAUCGAAAGGAUGAAACGAAGACACAAGCAAUUGUAUGUCAGCAGCUUGAUUUGACCCACCUAAAAGAGCGAAAUGUUGAAGAUCUUUCAGGCGGAGAGUUGCAGAGAUUUGCUUGCGCUGUUGUUUGCAUACAGAAAGCUGAUAUUUUCAUGUUUGAUGAACCUUCUAGUUACCUAGAUGUCAAACAGCGUUUAAAGGCUGCUAUUACUAUUCGAUCUCUAAUAAAUCCAGAUAGAUAUAUUAUUGUGGUGGAGCAUGAUCUAAGUGUAUUAGACUAUCUGUCUGACUUCAUUUGCUGUUUAUAUGGCGUACCAAGCGCGUACGGUGUUGUCACUAUGCCUUUUAGUGUAAGAGAAGGCAUAAAUAUUUUUUUGGAUGGCUAUGUUCCAACAGAAAACUUGAGAUUCAGAGAUGCAUCACUUGUUUUUAAAGUGGCUGAGACAGCAAAUGAAGAAGAAGUUAAAAAGAUGUGUAUGUAUAAAUAUCCAGGAAUGAAGAAAAAGAUGGGAGAGUUUGAGCUAGCAAUUGUUGCUGGAGAGUUUACAGAUUCUGAAAUCAUGGUGAUGCUGGGGGAAAAUGGUACAGGUAAGACGACGUUUAUCAGAAUGCUUGCUGGAAGACUUAAACCUGAUGAAGGAGGAGAAGUACCAGUUCUAAAUGUCAGUUACAAGCCACAGAAAAUUAGUCCCAAAUCAACUGGAAGUGUACGCCAGUUACUACAUGAAAAGAUAAGAGAUGCUUACACUCAUCCACAAUUUGUGACUGACGUCAUGAAACCUCUGCAAAUUGAAAACAUCAUUGAUCAGGAGGUGCAGACGUUAUCUGGUGGCGAACUACAGCGAGUGGCUCUAGCUCUUUGCUUGGGCAAGCCUGCUGAUGUCUAUUUAAUUGAUGAGCCAUCUGCAUAUUUGGAUUCAGAGCAAAGACUGAUGGCAGCUCGAGUUGUCAAACGUUUCAUACUCCAUGCGAAGAAGACAGCCUUUGUUGUGGAGCAUGACUUCAUCAUGGCCACCUAUCUAGCAGAUCGGGUUAUCGUUUUUGAUGGUAUUCCUUCUAAGAACACAGUUGCAAACAGUCCUCAAACCCUUUUGGCUGGCAUGAAUAAAUUCUUAUCUCAGCUUGAAAUUACAUUCAGAAGAGAUCCAAACAACUACAGGCCACGGAUAAAUAAACUCAAUUCAAUUAAGGAUGUGGAACAAAAGAAGAGUGGAAACUACUUUUUCUUGGAUGAUUAGACUGAAUCUGAGAAUAUUGAUAAGCCAUUAUUAAAAGAAACAUUUACUAGGAUUUUUGUCAUAUAAAACUUGAAUCAGGUUUUAUGCCCACAUACUCUGGAGCUUGAAGUAUAAUUUACUUAAUGUAACAUCAAAAGCCAGUUGUGUUGUAAGUUGCAGCCUGAACACAGAAAAUACUACUUUUCUGUUCUUGAAGAAAAGGCCCUUUUGUGCAUGAUAUUCUAAAAUGGAGACAUUUCAAGCUAUACAAAUUACCUCCAAGUUUUCAUGAUGUGUGGGAAUAUUUUUCAAUUAGGUGUAUUAUAGUCACGUACCAAGUGCUGACCAGUGUUGCCCCAUUUUUAAACUCUUGAAAAAGGUUUCUGUACUUACCUGGUUUGCCAAGUAUGCCAGUAUAAUGAAAACUGCCCUUAUUUUAAAAGCCAGUGGAAGAGUCCACUGAUGAGAUUUGAUAAACAUCAGGAUUAUAUUUAUUUGUUCUCAGUCUUAGCACUGUAUUAUCAGUAUAUGGUUUCCAAGGAAGAUGAUCUUAACUACCAAAACACCAUGUUCAAAACUAGGUAUUUGUUACUUGUCUGUAAUGCUUUUUGGUGCUUUUGAACAUCAUUAGCAAAAAUCAUUUCAAUUCCCUUCCUCCUAAAAAAAAAAAAAAAACCCUAACUUUACUCCGAGUUUUUGAGUUUUUGCAUACUAUAAUAGAUUCUAUAUUCUGUAAUUAUUCACAAGAUAACAUUUUUUAAACAUGCAUUUAUAUAAUCACCCAUCAAGAUUUAGGAAAAAGCAUUUGUAAAGAAUGUUUGCGUCCCUUAAAACUGUAGACUCAAGACUUGAACAAUGGUGCCUAAGCAUCUAUGUAUUUUUUAAACUUUCACAGAUUUUUCUGAUGGGCAGCCAAGAUUGUAAACCACUUCACUAAAGGCAACAUUAAUGCAAGAGUCCCCGGAUAGCAAUACAAAGUAUCCCUUGAUACCAAAUAUAUUCAUUUUUGUUUGGAUAUAGAGCACACUUUUUUUUUUUUUUGGAGUUCUAAAAACUCAUCCAAAUUUGAGUUCCUGAAUUUUAACAGCAGGAUAAUAACCUAUAGACUAAAACCACUUUCAUUUGUACUUCUGACUAAUGCAUUGAACCAGAAUUAACUUAUCUAAAUAAAUUAUUGGGGCAAGCAAACUAGGGAGGAAAAUUAGAAAGCAUUUGACAAAACUUUUUAGAGGUCCUUGAAAUAAUGGAAGCCUUGACUAAUAUGCAGACAAUGGCUAGGAAUAUGGUUUAACUGGACCCCAUUGGGCCUUCUAAGAAAAAUAAUUUAUGUAAUUCAUAAAUGUUUGUUGUGAAAAAUUCAAAUAUACAGAAGUGGAAUAAAAAGUGAUCUCCCUUUAUUAUACUCCCAAAGGUUACCAGUGUUUGAAUUUAAUUAUAUUAUUUCAUGCUUUUUUCUGUGCACUUAUCUAAGUGUGAAUAUGUAUAGGGUUUGUUUUGUAAAUAAAUGGGAUUACACUAAAAUAAUGCCUAUUUUUAAGGAUAGGUUAAAUUUGUGAAUGAUUAUUUCAGAUAUAUUGAAUAAAAUAAGACAAAAGUUAUUUUUAUUU